AUGAAGGUUCUGAUAGCAGUGCUCUCCGCUAUUGCACUGGCCAGUGCUCAACAACAGCUGAUCGAUCAGUUCUUCAAUGGCGGUCUGUUGCCAUACAACGAUUGGCAACCGCAAACCUUACCGAACCCCAUCUUCAACGGAUAUGGUGUCGCACCGCUUCAACAGCUGCUAUCUGGGCAGCAGUUUCCCCUAGUCCAGCAGGUUCCCGGAGUUCAAGUGCUGCCUCCCGUGCCAGUGCCAUUCCCAGCUCAGUAUCCCUACGCGGUGCAGCAGCCCGGAGUUCAACUGCCAGUUCCGGUGCCACCGUACAACGCUUUCCAGCAGCCACUUCAGUUCCAGAUGGUACGCCACGGACUACCACACUCCGAUGCGGCCGCCGUAUCCUACUCCUCAUUGCACUACAAUAACAACAACAACAACAAUAACCCACAACAACAGACACCUGCCGUCAACACAGUUCCGACCCCGAGCGUACCUCAGUUGCCAUCGGUCGGCGUUAACAGUGCCACUUCGGUUCAGGUGACUCCAGGGGCGCCUUCAGUGACAAGUGAUAAGGUUUCGGUAGUUAAAGAUAUCGCCACCUUUGGCACAGAGUAUGGCACCGGCUCGGAUAAGUCGCCGGUGGCGAGGUACGAGGCAAUCAAUGCUGGCUCAGUACACGUCGCUCCUUUACCGGGACAUACUGUCGAUCAGAAACUGGUCGCUCCUGGAACGGUGAACCAAAAAGUGUAG